AUUGUACACUCGAUGGCGGAUUUUCGACAGUAACACUAGCAUUUUCGCGCAGGUCAAGUGAAGACGAUAUGGCUCUCGCGAAAAAUCACAGAAAUUUCCUAGAAAUUACCAUCAUUUUGCAUUUUCUGAGCUGUGCAACAGCCUGCCAGAGUGAUGGGAAACAACAUCUCCAAAUGAUAAAAAAUUUAGAGGAAGGAGGCUUCCUUAAGUCAGAAUCAGUGAGAACGGUUAUGAAGAAUGUGGAUCGUAGAUGUUUUGUUGCUACGGACACAUAUGAAAAUCGGUCAAAAUCAAUUGACAUUGGUCGCACUCCCAACAGUGUUAUAUUCCCAGCCCCUUAUAUACAUGCAUCUAUUCUGGCUGCACUGCGUGGCACCAUCAGAGCUGGAUCAGUCAUUUUAGUUAUUGAACAAGGCACUGGAUACAUGACAGCAUGUUUAGCGCUUAUGGCAGGGGAAAAAAGUGUCACAGUAUCCUCUCUACAUGAUAAUCAAUUACGUACACAUGCUACAACGAAUAUCAAAAACUGGUUGAAGGAUGAGAAAAUAGAUAAUACGUAUCACUUGGAGGUGGGGAAGCAAAUUAAACUUAUAACCGAUGAUGCGCUAAACAAAAUGUUACUCAAUACAAGAUAUAAUGCUAUUUAUAUUCGUUCAACUCAUGGAAGUGAUGUGUACCAGUUACAAAUGCAACUCACUCGAGGAGGUCGUUUAGUUUGCUUACAAGGAGCUGAUAAGGGUGAACAGCAAUUGUAUCAAAUAGAUCUCUUAUAUACUGGUAAAUUUCAAAGGACGAAUUUGGCCGAAUUCAAAAAUUUUGAGCCAGAUUACAGCCAGACCACAAGUGAAGAAAUUACACCCCCUCGGCACACACAGCAUGCACCAAGUAACCAGAGAUGCGAAAUGUGAGGUGGACUAAGAUCAAUUCGAAAUAGGUCAGCUAACUGGUUAUCAGAGUUCCCAGUAGUCACGUUGAUUGUUAUGGGAAAUAUCUAUCUCCUUGCUAAGGUCAACUAAGAUUUAUUAUGUUUUUAUACUUCUCUGUAUUUGACUCUUAUAACGAAAUCCAUGUUAUCUCAAGAAUACGACGUCACUCUAACUGAUCGCGCUUGUUACCGUUAUUUGCGAACAGCUCACCCAGCAAAACUGGGUUAGACCUUUCUCCAUACUCAACUUUAUCGUCGUCUCUUCAUUUCAAAGCAGAUUAUUUGAUCCGGACUACUU